AAGACCUUGCUCUUAGCUCUUUAGGUAUCCUCUUCUCAAGAACUAUCCUACACUGAUUCCGCCAUGUCUCGCAUACCAGUAAUCAUCGAUACCGAUCCAGGGGUAGACGAUACCUUAGCAUUGUUAUUGGCGUUAGCAUCUCCUGAACUUGACAUCUUAGCCAUUAUCGUAUCAUACGGCAACACGGAUGCAGAUGCAUCAUACCUGAAUGUCCUCAGGAUAUACGAAACCCUCUCACGACAAAUCGCACAGGAUCCGGAGCAACAGAGGCACUGGCCGAACUUUGCACCUCUUCGUAAGACCAUCCUUGCUCGAGGUGCGGACCACCCGCUUGAAGGAGACCUUCACAGUGCCCAGUACUUUCACGGACGCGACGGUCUUGGCGACAUAACGAAGCGAUUUCCAUCCUUGAAACUGAGUAAAGAGGAUGUCUCUAGUUCAGAACAUCCUCAAUUGCACCUCACAGAUAGGCCUGGCACGGAUGUUGCACUAGAUCUCAUCCGUUCCCAUGCAUCUCAAACAAUCACCUACCUCGCACUCGGACCUCUUACUACUCUCGCUCAAAUUGUGAAGAAGAGCGAGGGGUUGUUCGGUGAAAGGAUAGGGAAAGUGAUAUGCAUGGGCGGCGCUCUCGAUGUUCCAGGCAAUACCAGUCCGGUAGCAGAAUUCAACUUUUUCGCUGACCCUUACGCUGUUCAUAACCUUCUGACCCCACCGCCUUCGGUUCCAACGCCAAUACCUCUUGAAAAGUUCAUUCUUCUACCUUUGGACAUCACCACUCCUCAUGAGCUCCCCUUUCCGUACUAUAUUCAACAGAUUGAUCCUUCGUUCGGAGGUCAGUCACAGUCAAACAACGUGCAAUCCACGGACGAGGGUUCGCAAUCGCCUCUUGUCUACUUCACGUCUGCCUUCCUUUCCCGUACAAGACAGGUCAUGUUAAAAUUCGGGAAGGACGCGAUGGAGUUGCACGACAUUGCUGUCGUCUGGUGUGCCAUAGAGAAUCCUCCUUCCGUGUCAAGUAAACCCUUGCAGCUCCGAAAAGGCUGGGAAGUCGUUCGUAGACAUUUCCAGAUUGAACGCCAUGGCGAGCUUACGCGUGGCAUGUUGGUCAUCGACCGACGCAACGAUGAUGGUGCCUAUUCCCCUGGAGCAAACCGAGCCCAUGUACAAGCUGAGCUCGAGCGAUUGCACGCUCACACCGAUGGUUACUUGGAGUCAGCCGCCGUGCCGGCUCAAGUAGAAGUCGAGAGUGAGGCACAAGCUGACCCUCCAUCUGCGCAUGUGGGUGAGGUUGGGACUGGUGUCCCUGUUGUGACAAAGACGCCGGGGAGCGAUGUUCUCUUGAAGCUUUUGGCAGAGAGGAUAUGGGGAGUUGGGCGAUAGUCGUGGAUCGAAGGCCAGUUAACUUGCAUGUCGAUAGAAUCUGCGAGUGGACCUUUACAGCAGAGAGUAUCUCACACCAUCUACUCAGAGAAGUACGGAUGCAUUCAAUGAUACAGUAGUGUACAAUAGAUGUCAUACAAACGAAAGCUCCUACUUGAA